UUUCUUGACAUGAUACAUGCGCCUUAAAUAAAAGAAGCGGCUUUCAAAUUGAACCGACUCGACCCUUCAAGUCCAACCCUCCAUGGCGGCAGAGUGCCCGACAUACUGUGCCUUGUCGCCUAUAUAACUGUCCCUUUCUUUUUUGGGUGUUGAAUAGAAGAGAAAGAAACUUGGUUAAGUUUUGUCAGAGAUUUUUUGCGAACGUAGUUAACUUUAGAUAAUUGAUAAGUAUUUCAUGUGCGAGAUAAAGAAGGUGGCGAACAAGAAAGGGAAAGUUGAGACUAGUGGGGGAAGUGUCGUCGACCAAGACAAUCAAUGGUUGUUGGUGUAUCAGCCGCAUAUGAUGAGAGAAGAAGGCUCGUCGUCCAUGCUAUCUGAGGAUCGUAGGGAAAGGGAGAUGUCAGCUAUGGUUUCAGCUUUGACUCAUGUAGUAGCUGGCGAUGUGCCUGAUGAUCAGGAGCUUGCUGGUGAUGGAAACUCGGAUGGUUUUGAUUCGAGUAUUGGUAAUUACAUUAAUACUACUUCUUCGUGGGGAUUCGGUGGGCAAAAGAGAGGAAGGGAAGGAGAGGGAGGUGGCGGUGGAGGUGGAGGUGGAGGAGCGAUGGCGGUUGAGUCUGUUUCUAAACUUUGUUCGCAGUUUGGUAACUUUCCACAUGGGGGGAGAGGGUCAUCUUCUGUUGGUGUACGAGUGACAGAGGCAAACACCCCAGCACAAUUGGUUCCGACAUAUGAAUACAGAAGCAAUGACAACUGCAGAGAAGAGCCAAGGAGAAGAUACAGGGGAGUGAGACAGAGGCCUUGGGGCAAGUGGGCGGCAGAGAUUAGAGACCCCAUCAAAGCAGCCAGAGUAUGGUUAGGCACGUUCGACACAGCGGAGGCUGCAGCCAGAGCUUACGAUGAGGCGGCCCUUCGCUUCAGAGGCAACAAAGCCAAGCUCAACUUCCCUGAAAACGUCAAACUCAAGUCACCUCCCUCCAGUCCAGCAACAACCCAGUUCAUCACUUCUGAUUCUGCUACUACCCUUAUGUCCAUUCCAACGUCUACUGAGCCGAUCGUUCACUCACAAUCUAAUUACUUGGUCCAAAGCCCUCAAGUUUCAGGCGGAUAUCUUGACUAUUCUCAGUUUUUUUUGGGUCCCAGCAAUGAUUUUCCAAAACAACAGCAGGAGCAGCCCUUGAAACUGUACGAGCAAAGAGUUUUGUCAACUUCAGUAGGUUCCCUUGCACAAUCUUGUUCAUCAACUUCUUCAUCAUCAUCGACGUCAUAUCCUCUUGCCUUCCUGAGUCAACCGUCGGGCCAUCACCUCAACUUGGCUAGCAGUCAAGGUGGCGGUGUUGGAGAUUUUUCGGUGCAUGCUUGGUCAGAUUCCAGUCAUUAUACUUCAACCUCUGGAUAGUGUCCUACUGUACUAAUGGUUUUUCCCUUUUUGAUCGUUGUAUGCUCUUGUUAAUUACAUCGAUUGCGAUUAUUGUUUUCAGUUUUAUUCUAUUUGGAGGGGGUUACGUUUUCUAAUAUUUUAGUUUGUACUACUAAUUAUUUUAGGAGUUAUUGACUUGGUUUUCUUAUA